AUGUUGCCGUACCAAGCGGUGGCAAUGGACUACGCGGUGGCCUCGGCUGGGUUCCACCACCACCAGCGGCCCGGCGGACUGCCUGGAGUGAUGGGACUGCCGGGCCCGGGGCCGGGGCUCAAUCCUGGCCUCAACCCGGCCUUCACCCAUUCCUGGUUCGUACAGACAAGCCCGGAUAUCUGUCGGCAGCAACAAGCAUCCAACCAAUCGCAUCUCGAACCUGGUAUUCUGGAGCUAAGAAAAGAGAAGAGUCGAGAUGCAGCUCGAUCUAGGCGAGGGAAAGAGAACUACGAGUUCUACGAGCUGGCGAAGAUGCUGCCACUGCCCGCAGCCAUCACCAGCCAGCUGGACAAAGCGUCAAUCAUCAGGCUGACAAUUAGCUACCUCAAACUAAGGGACUUUUCUGGACACGGUGAUCCGCCAUGGAGUCGGGAUCCUCCUCUUACCAGCAAGACAUUGAAAGGAGCUCAGAGCAGACGAACACCCAUUGGUCUUGCGAUGGAGUUGUUUGAGCAGCAUCAGGGUACCCACAUACUACAGAGUCUCGAUGGGUUCGCGCUGUCAGUAGCAGCCGACGGAAGAUUUCUCUACAUAUCCGAAACCGUUUCUAUUUACUUAGGAUUAUCACAAGUAGAGAUGACUGGCAGCAGUAUAUUCGACUACGUGCAUGCAAGCGACCACGCGGAAAUUGCUGAACAGCUGGGCUUGUCGUUGGCGGGUCGGUCAUCGGGCGCGGGGCUUAACAGCCCUGCCUCAGGCAGCGAAGAGGGCAGUCAACAUGGUACUAAUAACCCAGAUGUGUCAUCGCAAAUGAGUCUAGCAGCAAGUGGAGCUCUGUACCGAGGCAUGGAUCGUGCUUUCUGCAUCAGAAUGAAGAGUACUCUCACCAAACGUGGCUGCCACUUUAAAUCCUCGGGAUAUAGGGUGGUGUUGAUGCUGUGCCGUCUACGGCCGCAGUACACAUUUUCUCACAGUCGGAAGUCCCCACCGGCUCUCCUUGGGAUGGUAGCUCUAGCCAUUGCGUUACCACCACCCUCGGUCCACGAGAUCCGAUUAGAGUCGGAUAUGUUCGUCACACGGAUCAAUUUUGACUUCCGCAUAGCGCACUGCGAGCCCAGCAGGGUUUCGGAGUUGCUCGGAUACACUGCGGAGGAGCUCACAGGGAAAAACCUCUACGCACUCUGCCAUGGCGAAGACGCGAACAAGCUUAGGAAAUGUCACGUAGAUUUAAUGAACAAGGGCCAAGUGCUGACACACUACUACAGAGUGAUGAACAAGCUCGGCGGGUACACCUGGAUGCAAACUUGUGCUACAGUCGUUUGCUCUUCCAAGAACGCCGAAGAACAAAAUAUAAUUUGUGUUAACUACGUCAUUAGCGGCCGCGAGUAUCCCAAUACUGUGAUGGAUUGCUGUCAGCUGGAAGAAAGUGUACAAGGGGUAAAACGUGAAGAAACUACAGGAGACCCGGAAAAUGGUCCACCAGACGCAGAUUCUUCUGGUGGCCCUCCUCCGCCUCCCCGACACAACACAGAAAGGACCGAGCCAGCAACUAAUGCAGACUCUAGUUCAACAGCGCCUGUGCCUACUUCAGACGUAACUCAACUAACUAGACUGAAUGACACCCAACCUCUACCUCUGCACACUCCAGAAAGAACGUCGCCAAUGCCCGCGAGGAGAUUGAAGAAGCGAAAGCACACCACCGACUGUGAAGACGAAGAACGAGAUGAAGACAGACGAAAAUCUUCUUCUAACCCCGGCGCGGCUUUAUCACCAGCUGAGCGAGACAUGUCUAAAACAAAUUUAACGAUUGCAGAGGGCACGUCUGAUGCCACAUCCGUUAGGGAUUUAGAAAACGCAAUGUCCAAGCAUUUACCAGCUUUAGAUGGAAAAGAAAUUUCCCAUCGACCCACUGAUUUUUCUACAGACGCCUUGUUAAAACAACAACAACAAAAAUCGACCAUUCAGUGGAUAGGAACACAAAAUCACCACUUGAAUCAUUUGAACCGCCAAAUUCCUGGCAAUCACACGUCCACACCAGCUUCAGCUUUACUGAGACAAUUGUAUGCCAAUAGGGAAAGUGUAAUUCGAAGCAAUUUUUUGGGCGAUGGUAGAACAGGCGGAUACUACUCCAGUGACGGCCAAAGUGGACCUUUGCCCACUCCACCGGGUAGCGAAGGUUCUGGAUAUGGUGAGCAACUAGGUCACAAAGGAACGGAAAUAGGCUCUUUAGCUUACGGUGGGUAUGGCGACUACCACUCUGCAAUGACUCCUCCAGGGUCAGUGUCGCCUAGAGAUAAGCAGCAGUACGCUUUGUCGUACGAUAAUAGUGCCUACUCGGAAGCCUUGAGACAUUCUUAUUUAGGAGAAGCGCCACUGCCGUUAAAGCCACAGGCAUAUUCAGCUGUGCCUGGGGCUUUAGAUUACGCGUCGUCUAUAGAUCAGUCACAGUUUUUUCAUCCGCCUUCAUCUUUUCACCUGUAUCACCCUCAGGCGCAUUCGGCGCACGCCACUCACUCUCAUCAACCAGUAGAUAAAUCUGCUCCACCAAAUACAAACUGGUACUCAGCCGGUUCAUAACCACGCUGUGGUUACAAGAGAUAGUCCAGAGAGACUAGAUUUUCAAAGACUUUGGUUUUGGUGGUUACGUUAUGACCUAUGAUUGUUCAAAACGUUUGUUUGAUUUGAGUUCUAAAAAACUCUGUUGUUAAGUUUAGCAUUUUUUUUUGUUAUCGUUAACUGGUAUAGCGAUUCGAUAUUUUUUUUUGGACUCUUUAAUUAAGUUAGGGCUGCACGCUUAAGUGUUGUAAAUACGAGGUAAAAUAUUUUAAAUUUUUUUAGCGGCAGUAGUUAUUGAGAAUUGUAUACGGAUUACAAGACUUUCAUGAAAUUUUGUAUUACCGACCAACUAAUUGAUUUUCGACAUUGUGUAAUUAAUACUCAAACAAUUCUUACAAUAUUUAUUAAACAUUGUAGACUUUUUUUUAUUUUUGGACAUAUUAUUAAUGUACUACUG